AGUCACAAACCAGCUCUCAAUGAAACACUCGGCUCAAGUGUUUGCUUCCCACAGAACAAAAGAGGGUCAUGCCAUGUCAUCCAGGAGUUAAAUGGUUCCAGUGAUUUGAAAAAUCUGUCAAACAUCAAAGGAGGUCUACUUAUAACUCUGCGUUCCCAAUUUCUGGCGACUCCAAACUCCAGAGAUGGCGAUCGUAUUACGCACAUUGAGGCAUCACCACCGCUAUUUGACUUUUCUCCUCAGCUCCACUAUUGUCCUGUUCUGUUUUCACUUUCAAAACUCAGUGGUGAUUUUUACCUAUAACUCUUAUUUUCGUUAUGUGUCCGAGCCCGCUCCGUGCGCGUGUGCCACCUGCGCGCUGGACCGGGGACGCGCGGACGGGUUCAGUGCGCGUUACGAACCGACAGUCCAUCUGCUGCUCAACAGCAGCAACAGCGAGUUACGCGCAGACGUCUUCGGGUGGUGGAAGGGUCUACAAAAUGUAACAAGUGUUGCCAACUACACAAGCGUGGUGAAGAACCUGUUUCCGCUCUUUUCGGAUAAAGAACACUACUCAGAUGCUGGUCCAGACCGCUGCAGAACCUGCGCUGUGGUCGGGAACUCCGGGAACCUGCUGAGAUCCCAUUAUGGACCUCUCAUAGAUUCCAAUGACUUUGUCGUGAGGAUAAAUAAGGGUCCAACGGGAGGUUUUGAGAAGGAUGUGGGUUCUAGAACCACUCACAGGAUCAUGUACCCUGAGAGCUCUGUGGAUGUGGACAACUCCACUCACCUGGUGCUUUCUCCUUUUAAGAUGCUGGAUAUAGAGUGGCUCAUCAGUGCCUUCACCACUAAAAACAUCACAAAAACAUAUAUGAACGUGUCAUCCACAAUACAGGCAAAUAAGGACAAGGUGAUGAUACUCCACCCAGAAUUUAUGAAAUAUGUUUAUGUGAAUUGGACGGACAGUCACGGAAGAUAUCCGUCCACAGGCUUCCUAACGCUGAUGUUCGCUCUGCACAUCUGUGAUGAGGUGAAUGUUUUCGGGUUUGGAGCUACAAAAGCUGGACAGUGGCAUCAUUAUUUUGAUGAAACGUUGACUCUGUAUGUUAAUGAAAGUCAUGCGGGAGACUUUGAAUAUCAGACAAUCCUUCGACUUGAGCAGGAGAAGAGGAUUGUGAUGUUCAAGGGUUGGACAUGAACCAAAAUGAAGAGGGCCAAUAUAGUCCCAAAUGUAGCAGUAUUGACCCUUGGAAGUUAAGACAGGACACUGAUAUUAGUAUACAUAAAGUAGGCUUACAAUAUACUUAAACUUUACUUAUACUGAAUGAAUUGAUUCUGAAGUACUCAUUCAGAUCCAUUCACUGGAGAAAAAGAGAGAAAAUGUAAUGAUAUAAAUUACCCCAAAGCAAACUGUCAAUCACAGUAAAAUUACCUCCAGCAAAUUGAAUGUGCCAUAAACUGAUCUUCACCAAUCUUCAAAGUUAAUUUGUUGUAUUGGUUAACUAUAUAUCUUCUAAUAUUAAAUACAAACGGAAUAAUAGUAUAAUGUAAUUUAUAAAUAAAAUAUAAAAGACUGGGAAAGGGGUACACAGAUGUUUCACUACUGUGAACUACACUUCAUUGCCACAUAUCUUAAAUGGCUGUGCAUGCUUACAAGGGGAUGUACAUAGCACGCCAUGACAGAAUAGUGGAUGUUAUAACAAAGGACAUAUCAAGCUUCCUUUCACCCGGAGUAACAAUGUAUAAACAUUCCUGUGUAAAACCUUCUAUGUUUCAAUGCAAUAAUAGUAAUGCUGAAGUAUUUUCCCAUUUAUCUGCUAAUACACCAGAUGUUAUUGUGAUCAAUGAGGAGUGUAAAGAAGUGUUUGUUUUAGGGGUUGCGUGUACCUUUGACUCUAGUUUGAAUAAAGCUUUUUUAUGACUAAAAUGAUUUAAUACCAACCUCUUCUGAGCAUCAUUGCAGAGAUGGGUUAUCGGGGUUGAUUGCUUGUUUUUAUAUUUGGCAGCUUGGGACAUGUACAUAGGUUGGUGGUAAGAGGACUUCAACGACUUGGAAUGUCUAAAAAGAGGGCCAAGCACUUAGCAAAGUACUGUGCUGUGUCUGCGGUUAUAGGCAGCCGCGGUAUAUGGCGGAGACGUUGUUAUUUAUAUCCCUAACAACUGAGUUGUAUAUUUAAUAUUGUGUACAUUUGUUGUAUAACACUGGUCCAUGAUUGAGUGGAUAUGCAUUUAUCUGUAUCUAUAAAUAUUUUUGUCCCUGUAAAUGAUUUCCUUUAAGCGGACUCAAAUAAAAUAUUAAAAUGUG